AAGGAUGGAUACUGUGCGACCGUGCGGUUGCAAAGGAAUAAGAUCGUGUCUUCUUUGUGAAAAGGAGUAUAACAUAGCAAAACCCGAUUUGAAACUUCAGUUAGAGAAAUAUUCAAGUUAUGUCUACUGUCCACAUUGUGAUAAAGCAUGGCCUGGGUGGGAUAUUGAUGUAUAUAAAAAGCAUCCAUAUCACCAGGGAAAUUCUAUACAAUUUUCUGGUGUUUAUAUAAAGUUGAAUUUCUUAAAUUCUGAUGAUAUUGCUGUACUGAUGAAAGCACUGGAUGAUAUACCUUGGGAAGCUUCACAAAGUGGACGUAGGAAACAGAACUUCGGUCCAAAAUGUAAUUUCAAGAGGAAAAAGCUACGAUUGGGUUCCUUUAAUGGUUUUCCACAAUCUACUCACUUUGUACAACAGAAGUUCUCAGAAAUUGCUAUACUUCAGGAUUUUCAAACAGUAGAGCAAUGUACUCUAGAGUACGAUCCAUUACGAGGAGCCUCAAUAGAUCCACAUAUUGAUGAUUGUUGGAUCUGGGGUGAAAGAAUAGUUACUGUCAAUGUUAUGGGUGAUUCAGUUUUAACAAUGACUCCUUACCUUGGUCCAGAUACAAAAUAUAAUUUAAAAUACGUUGCUGAAUAUUCAACAGCAUACAAUGACUUGAGAUUUAUUGAAAACAGUGAAAAUGGAGAUGUGCCAAAUAUAUCUGUAAGGUUACCAAUGCCAGAGGGAUCUCUUUUGGUUCUUUGUGGUGCUUCAAGGUAUAAAUGGGAACAUUGUGUCUUGAGGGAAGAUGUAAAAUCUCGGCGAAUUUGUUUAGCCUAUCGUGAACUAACGCCUCCUUAUUUAAAUAAUUCGUCGAAUCACGAAGAAGUCAAGAAACUUUUACAAAGAGUUUCGAUCUUUCGAUGAAAUUGGAAAGUAAAAUGUAAUUAUAAUUUUUUCCAAAGAAAUGUACAAUGAUAGAAUAUUAAAAGACAU